CUCCGCCCUCUGUAGGAAGUGAAGAAACCUUUUCACUUUCGAUUCCUGCUCUUCCUCACUACAAUGGCGUCUGCUGAGCUGAGGGACGAGCUGAACUGCUCCAUCUGCCUGAGCCUCUAUACGGAUCCCGUAUCCCUGAGAUGUGGACACAACUUCUGCCGCUGGUGUAUUGUAAGUGUGCUGGAUGCACAGGAGGCAGACGGAGUGUAUUCCUGUCCUGACUGCAGAGCAGAAUAUCCAGAGCGUCCGGCCCUGGAGAAGAACAGGAAGCUAAGUAAUAUAGUAGAGCGUUUCUUAUCUACUCAGCCUGAUAUGGAGAAGAUCAGAACCUUCUGUAGUUACUGCACAAAGUCUCCUGUACCAGCUGUGAGGUCAUGUCUGCAGUGUGAGAACUCUCUAUGUGAUGACCACCUGACCGUUCACAACCAGACGAUGGAUCAUGUAUUAUCAGAACCCACCAGCUCCUUUGGCAACAAAAAAUGUUCCAUCCACAAGAAGGUUCUGGAGUAUUACUGCCCGCAGGACGCGGCUUGUCUAUGUGUGUCUUGCUGUCUGGUUGGCAAGCACAGGGGACAUCAGGUGGAACUUCUAGAUGAGGCUUCAGAGAAGAAGAAAAAGAAACUGAAGAAAUAUCUGGAUGAAGUAAACCCACAACGAGCAGAAAUAAAUGCAAGAAUUCAGAGGCUGCACAAUCAUAAGGAGACAAUCCAUGAGAAAGCCUCUGAGAAGAGGAAGAACAUGAAUAAGUUAUUUAUAAACAUUAAGGAGCAACUGGAAAUUGCAGAAAAGAAGGUUCUGAGCGAGAUCUCCAGGCAGGAGAUUAAGAUAGUGUCCCAGAUAGAUGAUCUGAUGAAGAAGAUGGAAAUAAAAGAGGACGAGCUGUCCAGGAUGUUGCAUCAUGUGGAGGAGAUGUGUCGUAUCACUGACCCAAUAAGACUCUUACAAGAAAGUGACAUUACAGUAUGUAGUCCUGGAGAGGAUGAGGACACAGGUGGAGAUGGUGGACAGAUGAAUUCUGAGGAGGUGGGACUGGUCCCAGGACAAGCUGAAGUUCAUGUGUUUGAUAAUGAGACUGACUCAAAAACCAUCCUACAAGAAUCAGACCAAAGAGCAUCCCUUAGUGACAAGAGCGUGGUGACAGAAGAAGCUGCAGUCAGUGACGAUGAGAUGGCUGAUGAUUUGAAAGAUGUUUUGAUCUCAUCAAUUUUACACCGAUCUAUGAAGGAUGUUGUCACCUAUGUAACAUCAGAGCUCGGGGUCCAUGUUCCUGACAUACUGCUGGAUGUGGACACGGCUGAUCCAGACAUGGGGUUAUCAGAAGAUCUGAGAACAGCAACAGAUUUGGACAUAAAUCAGGGCCGACCAGAAUCUUCCGGAAGGUUCCAGGAAUACUGCCAGGUAUUAAGUCGAUGUAGCUUCUCCUCAGGAAGACAUUACUGGGAGGUAGAGUGGAACCAGGCAGGAGAUUGUGGCAUCGGAAUGUCCUAUCCCAGUAUAGAAAGGAAUGGUCAUAAGUCUAGUAUAGGCAAUAAUGAUAAAUCUUGGUGUUUGUUUCUUUCUGAAAAAAGACAUUUAGCAUUGCAUAACUCAGUCAAAAUAAUCCUUGAUGUAAAUCCAACUUGUCCAACAUUUGGAGUCUUCUUAGACUAUGAGGCCGGGCGUCUGUCCUUCUACGAGCUGUGUGACCCCAUCAGACACUUGCACACCUUCCGCGCCUCCUUCACUGAACCCUUACAUGUUAUCCUCUAUGUUUUCAACAGAGCCUCUGUUAAAAUAAGAAGCUGAGUCCCAUGCCGCCCACAUUGUAAUCACUAUAUCGAUCUGUAGAAAAGUUACCUUCAGCAGGACCUUCUGAGAACACAAAACAUAUGGAAGCUGCCAUUUUUCCAGUUUGAUAUAUUUUUUUCCUUCUUUGGAGAUGGUGGGGGGAUGAUUUAUCAUGAGGUGAAUAUUUGAAGUCAGUUUUUCUUAAUGAACCAGCGAUUGUUGUUUUUUUCGGGGGGUGAGGGCAGGGUCGCCUUUCAAGAACUAUAAGGCCUCUUUCACACGGGCGUCGUGUGUGAGGGCCAGAUAGGAUGCGGGUGCGUCGCGGAAAAAAGCGUGAUUUUUCCACAUGAGUGCAAAGCGUUUUAAUGCGUUUUGCACGCAUGUGAG